AUGUUUACUAAAAAUAUUAUUCCUAUCCGAAACAGAAGCAUCAUAUACUACUUUAGAGUCCCUAUGAUCAUUCUAAUGAUAUGCGGCUUCAAUUAUAAUGUAUUCAGUUUGAGAAAGACUAUUAAAAAUUUAAUUAAAAUGUAUACAUUGAUUCUAGUUGCCAUCGUUAUGUACGCUACAAUAAUUUGCUGUAACGAUCAGGAAAUAUCUCAAUUCUGGUCAUUAUUCGAGUACACAUCAUCCACAAUUGUAGUUCUAGUCUUAAAAAAUAAUGUACAUCCGUUUUUUAACAAAUUACUAAAACUUGACCCAUGUUUGCGUAUAAAUAAGACAUACUACAUCAGUUCAAGGAACAGGUUUAUAAUUAUUAUAAUUGUUAUAUGGCUCAUAAGGAUCGUUUAUACAGCAUUUUAUUGUGCUUCAUACAUAUGUUAUACAUCUCUUGUGGCGUAUUUGAUCAAUUUGUUUUCAUUGUUGGCUCUCGAUGCUAAUCGCGUUUGGCGAUUCGCUAUCUACGAUGAAAUUAGACAUCGAUUGAAAACUCUACGAAUGAGAUUGCAAGAAUACGACGCGAAUUAUUAUUUGUACGUGCUGAAUAAAAAAAGUGUAAAAGAGAACAAAAUGAGAUUCUGUUUGCAGUUGUAUAUAAAUAUAGCGGAUACUAUAGAUGUAAUGAUACCGGAGUUGCACGCGUCUCUCUUCUGUAGCGUAUUCUGUGGCGUACCAAAGCUCAUAAUAAACAUGUAUCACGUACUGCUGGUCAUCGAGAAUGAUUUGCCGUAUGAAUCACUCGGAUUUAUGCUAAUACAUAUUUUCCAAAUAUCAAUAUUUCUAUUCUCUCCAUGCGUGGUGGCCGAGCUAUACGUCUACGAGGUGGAGAAGAUAAGGCUAAUCUUGAUGCAUAGAUUAAUUCAGGAAGAAGAUGAUAAAACCAUUCGAGAUAUAGAGCUAUUCCUCCAUUAUACAAGAGUAAGAAAUUUCCGUUACAAAAUCUGGAGGAUGAUUCCCGUUAAUCUAUCGUUUCCGUUGGAAUUUAUCAAUUUAUGUACCACCUAUGUUAUAGUUGUUGUUAAUUUUACUCAUUUGUAUGGAUAA